UCAGUCGGAGCGAGUGCGCGGGCGCCCCCGUAUCGACCACGGCCGGGCCUCGCCGGUUCAGUGAGCGGGAUGGCACGUACACAGGCGAGUUUCGCGGACCCCUCGCUCGAACAUCUCUACCAGUCCUACAGUGUGAAGCAGAAGCGUGGGGCGCUACAGUGUUUUCUCGUGGCCGCCUUGCUGUACGACGUCUACUGGCUGGCGGUCCCCCACGGUCAGGACCUCCUCUCCCGGGCCGUCACCCUCCUGUUCCUCGCCCUCAACCUCGGGCUGCUCGUGUGGUGUCGCUGGACCCGCUCGCGCCUCUGGUCCGCUCUCCCCCACAUCGCCUGGCACCUCGCCAACCUCCAGAUCCUCUGCCACCUGUUCCUCCAGAAGAACGAGGUCACGGGCCGCACCAGCCUGGGAUGGGUGCUCCUCCUGGACUACCUGCUCUACGUGACGCUCCCCCUUCGUCUCCGCUACUGUGUCAUGCUGUCUCUGGGCACUUGCUCCUCGUACCUGGUCGCUGUGGAGGGCCUCGCCCUGCGCUCCGACACACAUCUAGUUCAGCAGUUUCUGUUCCAGACGUUGGCGAAUGUGCUGUUACUGCUGACGGCGAAUCUGCUGGGACUGACAUCUUUCUACAUCGAGGACCGUCAGCAGAGGACGGCUUUCCUGGAGACGCGGCAGUGUCUGGAGAUGAAGCUCGUCAUCGAGGAGCAGUCGGCGGAACAGGAGAGACUGCUGCUGUCGGUGUUACCUGAACAUGUCGCAGUCAAAAUGCGCCAGGAUCUUGGAUCUGCUCUGGACUCGCAGUUCAAGAAGAUUUACAUGAGUCGUCAUGAGAAUGUGAGCAUACUGUAUGCCGAUAUUGUGGGCUUCACGGCAAUAUCAUCCACGUACUCCGCCUCCGAGCUGGUGAAAAUUCUAAACGAACUAUUCGCCCGCUUCGACAGGUUAUCUGAGAGAUACAAUCAGCUGCGGAUCAAGAUCCUAGGGGACUGUUACUACUGCAUCAGUGGAGCUCCCAGGGAGAGACCCGACCACGCGGUCCUCAGCGUGCACAUGGGGUUGUCCAUGGUCAAGGCCAUCAAGUAUGUCCAGCAGACCACCAACUCGCCGGUGGACAUGCGGGUGGGUAUACACACCGGAGCUGUGCUGGCGGGAGUCCUGGGCCAGCGGCAGUGGCAGUUCGACGUCUAUUCCAAAGAUGUCGAACUGGCCAACAAGAUGGAGAGCAGUGGGCUCCCCGGAAGAGUUCACAUAUCCGAGAAGACGUUAAGUUUUCUAAAUGGGGAGUUCGAGGUGGAGCCGGCCCUAGGGGAGAAGCGAGAGGAGAUGCUAAGAAUGGCGGGAAUCAAGACGUUCUUCAUCGUCAAAACUUUAAAAACCGGUGAAGUUGUAACGAAUGGAUUUUUAAUUUUUGCUUAAAUACGAUUAAAUUAAAACUUCCAGGGCCAGACUCCAGUGGAUGAACAGGGAACUAAGACUCAAGAAGAUUCUGAAGACUUCAAGAAAAGACUGAGAAAAGACUUAAUGAGUAGAGAUGCACAUAGAGACCUGACGAAGCACACUACGCUGUUUACGCUGUCGUUCAAAGACGGACAGAAGGAACACGACUACGCUCAGCAUACUGAGUCCUUCUCAGGCGUAUCCUUGCUAGGAUGUCCUUUGGUGCUGCUCUUCACCUCUGUGGCUCAGAUGUUGAUUCUUCCGAGAGAUAUUUUGAGUAUACUUUCCUUUUCUCUGGGGUCAGUAUUUCUCAGCGUCUUCACAGCAGUGUCAAUAGCCGAGGGUUUUCCAACAGUGUUUCCCAAGCUGUUUGUUCAGGUCAGCGAGACGAUGAAUAGCUCUCUGUGGGCUCGCAGGUUUGUCGGUAUCCUCGUCAUAUGUGUCCUGGGAGCUGCCAACAUGGUGGAUGGGGUUUCUUGUACGACGGCUCCUGUCUCGUUCAACUUCACGAUUCCGGACAACCCGACCAGCGAGUGUCUGUACCCAUCCUACUUCAGCUACUUCGGCGUGCUGGUGCUGAUAGCGGCGUGUCUCCCUGCUCAGUUGUCUCACUUGGCCAAGACAGCGAUACUGGUGUUGCUGACAGUGGCUCAAUGUGCGGUCAACGUAGCUCUCAUCGCUCCUGCCCUCGACAGCGAAGAGUUCACCAACCAUCGUGACUUUUCCAAUUUAACUGCUGGGAAAUACACGUUGUCAGUGUUGUUGAUAGCAGUCACCGUUGCUUUGGCCUUCCUCGCCAGACAUAUGGAGAAGGCCUCCCGGGUGUUGUUUCUCUGGAAGACGGAAGUGGAAGAGCAGAGGGAGCGGGCGUCUGACAUCCGGCGAAGGAACGAGGCCCUGGUGUACAACAUCCUGCCACAACACGUGGCGGCACACUUUCUCGGCAACAGGAAGCGACAGCACGAGGAACUGUACAGUCAGAGUUACGCGGAGGUGGGCGUGCUCUUUGCUUCCAUGCCCAACUUUUCAGAUUUCUAUUCAGAAGAAACAGUAAACAACCAAGGACUAGAAUGCCUGAGGUUCUUGAACGAGGUUAUUUCAGAUUUUGACGCUCUUUUAGAGCUGCCAAAGUUUCAAGACAUUAUCAAAAUUAAAACUAUUGGCUCAACCUACAUGGCAGCGAGUGGACUGAACCCUUCCAGGAAAGUCAAGCCUGAGGACCCAAUAGAAGUGCGGUGGGCGCACUUGUCCUUACUUGUGGAGUUCGCGUUCGAGUUGAAGAAAGCUCUCCAGAGCAUCAAUGAGCAGAGUUUCAACCACUUCGUCCUGAAAAUGGGUAUAAACCAUGGGCCGAUCACAGCAGGUGUGAUAGGAGCUCGUAAGCCCCACUACGACAUCUGGGGAAACUCUGUCAACGUCGCUUCCCGCAUGGAGAGCACUGGCAAGGCCGGCUGCAUACAGGUAACCGAAGAAACAUGCGCUAUCCUGCAAAAUUUUGGAUACAUCUUUGAGCAACGGGGUCUUGUUUCUGUGAAGGGCAAAGGCCAGUUGAUGACGUACUACCUGAUAGGAAAGGGGGUUGUGGGGAAUGUCAACCCGGCCUACUCGACUAUGGAGACUGUGAAGGAAGAGGAGGAAGAAGAGGAACUGGCGGCGAGCGAUCAGCAAGCUCUCCUAGCCACGCAUGAACAGAGCGGCUCCUCCAUUACAAGAACAGAGUCUGUACAUUAAUCAUGAGACGCUCUGGGAAGAGCAGCGGCGCCAAGCACGACCCAUGCGGCACUCCGAGUGUCCAUUCCCUAACUGGCCUGUGCCACGGGGUGGUCAGCACUCCUAUCCAAGGUUACCCUUGACGGCUUUAAUGAGGAUGAUCUCAAGAUAGGAUGUUACAGUUUUAACAUCCAGUUAGGCACAAUUAUUUUUAUAUUUCUAAAAUCUUGUAUUGCUCUAAUAUUAUGAAUUGGAUAAUGUUUUUGGAACGGAAACUUAGAUAAAUAACAGUCAUUGAUAAGUCGUACUAAAAAAGCAAUAGUAUAUUAUUAUGUCUGUAGCAUUCAUUUUUCCUUUACCAAAGAACAAAUAUAUAUCACAAUACGCUUAUGUAAAAUACUUCAUAAUAUCGAAACUCACUAAAUUCAUUCAAAAUAUAUAUAUAUGUAACCUAUGUAUAUGAUGUAUGUAGUUUACCCCAUCAUAAAACAUUCCAGUCUACCUUUGAACGAUAAUUGUUAUUCUUAUAGAAAAUUAUCUAGUAGAAAAAUGGUUUCGUAGCAGUUUCAGGAACAAAACCUUAAGAAAUAUGUUUGAAAGUAGAAACAUAUGUAUGGAUUAAUGAUGGUAUUAAAUUAAUCGUUUUUAACGUAAGUAAUGAAACUGUAACAUCUGUCAAUGUGAUGAACAGAUAUUCAAGCACAAUUUUUGUACAUUAUUGUAAUAUAUGUAAAUAUAAUAUUUUGUAUAUACCAAACAGUUACCAUUAAGAAAGUUUUUCUUAAAGUUAUUGAUAACAAAAUAUAAAGAAUUAAGUAUAGUUAAGGUUUUUGCGAGUUUAUCAUACGGUUAAUUCUGCUCCAUUAAUUAAGUAUAAUAUUUUUAAAAGUACGUGUCUUUAUUUCAUUUUAAAUUAUAAAAAUUCGAUUAAAAAUUUGUAGCACUUCCAAAUGUAAUAUUUAGCAAUGGCUGAGUUAAGUAUGCACAUUAGUUGUUGCAAAAUUCCUAUAAAUUCUGUAAUUAAAUCAGUAUAUUUGUGCAAAUUACGAAUUAUCUUAGUUUUAUGCAAAUAAAAUUCAAUCAUUUACAAUUUUAAAAUUAUCUUUGUGUACUAUUCGCAAAUGUUUUGAUUAUAGCCAGUUGGCUCUAUUAGACUUAUAUAGAUGUCGUACAAACCAAUUCCUAAAGGUGAGGUACAACAAGGCAUUAAUGCGAAAUGUGGUAGGGUGGGCUGUAAUUAACCAAUAUUAUUCACUUACGAUACCCACAAUCACAUAUCUAAUUACAAUGUAAUGAAAUGACUUCAAUCCUAAAAGUGUUAAUUAUUGAUUUACAAUAUUACCUCCAAUCAUAUUUCAAAUCAACAAAUUUAUUUCCACAGCUAAUUAUGAUUUUUAAUUAUCUAUUCUUUAAAUGAUAUUUUGGUAUUUUAAAUAACUAAAGAUUUUUAGUAAUAUUGUGUAUUUUUUACUGUCAAACAACUGUAUUAAAAAUAUAAUGUUUGUGACACGUAUAGUUGAACAGAAGUUAAUGAUUAAUUUAUUAUUGCUCUUUGAACAAACCCAUAACUAUGCAUUAUUAGGAGAACAUAGAAAAUCGCACAAUUAAAUCAUAUUUUAUUUUUCCGAAUAUUAUAUUUUAGUUUUCUUGAAUUGUAGUUACUACAUAUUUUAGUUUGUUUCAAUAUUAUAUCUACAUUCGGACAGCCACGUGUCAUAAUUUUAUUAAAAACAACGCACAAGUAUAACCUUAAAGAUAUUUUUAUUUUUUUUUAUAUUUAUUUUAUUUUUUAUGUGGGGGUAUUGGUUAGGGAGGCCUCUGCAUUAUUGUAUAUACUAUGUCUGAAACUACUAGUAUUUUUGGAUUUGCCAUCCCAAUUGGUAGUGUUUCAAAUAUUUAAAUUUUUUAAUAUCUUAUAAUGUUUGUUUUAUAUUUUAGCCCCAUUGUCCAUGUUAUUAAUUUUUAUUAUGCUGUGCUUUAUCCAGAUUUAGAAGGAAGAGCGUUUUAAUUUUAUACCCCACUCGACUAUAAUUGGCUAAAAUAAACAAAUUUUAAAUUUUCCAAAAGUGUAGUGACAAAAUUAGCCAUGACGAUAAAACACUGUUUUGUUAUUUUGCUCCAUAUUGAAAAAUUAGUUUAGGUUUUUAUAGAAUGAUACUUUUUGAAGAAUAUAUCUUAUCAACAGAGGAUACACUGUUUUGGGUUGUAAGCAUUCUGUUUAGAACCAAAUACUCACCAGAAUUAAGGGCGUAAGGCGUAUUUUGUCCACUUGGGAUUUUGUUCGCGUUAUAUCAAUCCACUAACAGCCCAAAUAAUUUUUUGGUAGAUUUCAUAGAUUUCGACUUCAGAUACAUCGAAAGAGAACAGUUUGAAUACAUUUUUACGUAGGUAACCGAAUGGAAUAUAUUUAUGUGAAAGUAAGGUUACAAACCCAAAAUGUACAUAUUUGAUGGAUAUGCAUCUUUCCUACGUUACUGGAUUUCGAAUAUAUAUAUCUCUAUAACGAUUAGGAAAUUUUACUUUAAUAAUUAACACGUUUUUGAUAGUUACGAAAAGAUUUCUACAUAUGCUUUGAUUUCAUCAAUUUGAACUUGGUAUCUUCAAAAUAAUUUCUGUAUUAGGAGAUCGUAAUGAACAUUUUUCAAAAUGUUUCAUUAACUAACCGAACAUUGCAUUGUCCUCUACUUUUUACGCUAUUAAAUUACCAAGUCCUAUAUUUCUGAACGUGCCCCGACACCGUAUAUUUUCUGAAUAAUGUUAAAACAAGUCUGAAAAACUAUAUUUUUAAUUUUUAGAGAAACAUUAAAAAGUUUUGGAAAUAAUAAUUUGUCAAAAACUAUUUUAAGAAGAACAAUUUCUAUUUAAUAAGAACAUAUAAAAAAUACAAACAAAUUCAUAAAUGACAUUAUAUUUCUAAAAUUUCAAAUUAAUAACUAGGUAUCGUAUUUAAUUCUUGUUAUACUUAUAUUUUAAGUAUGUAUUUUCUGUUAGAUAUGUUUAGCUAAAUAAUUGUUAUGUUUUGCAUACUUAAUGUAUAUAUUCCCUUAGUUAAUUUUUGCAAUGGUAUUCUUAAGAAUCCUUUUAUAAAAUCAAUAUGAAUGUAAAUUGAGAAAUAGUAUAUUCUGCAAUACAUCUUACUUGUUCUGUAUUUUGAUAUCAGGGUUUUGUAUAAUUAUUUACAUUGGUAUGAUAUUGUAUAAUAUACAAUGUAGAAGACGGAAAUGAAUAGGUUAUUGUGGUUAAUAUGCGCAAUGUGAAGUGAGUUUAAACUUAUCGCACAACUUUUAACCUUCUAAUUUAUGUGUAUUUCAUUUGUGUAUACUGUAGGAAUAAUCACCUCUAUAGUACCGCACAAUUCGGCAGAAGCUUUAUUAUUGUAUUAGCUUAGUAUCCAUUUUUUACUGCCUCAAAUUUUUAGUAAAGUACAACGCCAAUUACUAUUGCACAAGUCCAACUUAUACAGCAGCAUAAAGAGUGCUAAAAUUACCAAACUAAACUGAAAAAUAAUGCAUUUACAUUAUUUGUCUUGGUAAGGGCAUGUUUGAUAUAUAUUGCACAAUGCAGAGAUAAAAAAUUUAGUAUACCGAAAUGUUAAUCAUGAAAAUAGUACAUCAAUACUGUAAUGAGUGUGUGUGUGAAUAAUACUGAUUUCAUCUAACACAUACACAUUUAAUAGAAAGUAACAUUAAAAAUCCAAACUUUUUGAAGAAUAUUGUUUUGUUAGUUUUUUUAAAUAUAAUACUAUUUACUAUUAUUCUUUAUAUAUGACUUUCUUUUUAUAUAUGGCUGUGCAUAUUUACAACGGAUACAAUAUUUCAAAAUUAAAAUGUCAUAUUGAAUGUGUCUUAGAAACCAAUAAAACGUGACCUGAUCUAAUGCCACGUCAAUUAGACUUCUGAGUCAUUUGAGAAUAUAUAUAUAAACUUAAUGUGUGAAAAGGGGUAAUAAAAUAUGUGAAAAGUUGACGGUUACGUUUCCAUACGUUAUGACCAUUUAUAAUGAAAGUAAUAUUAUAUUAGUCCUUUUUUCAAAAGUACUUAUGACGGUAACAUUCAAAUUAACUAUUCACAAAACCAAUAUAUUUAUGUUAUUAUUAUGAAUAUGAAAAAAUCAUACAGCAAAUACUACAUUGGAGUAAGAUACGAAUAGUUUUGGGUUAGACUUAGGAAUAAUACUCCAUAAUAAUCAUUUGGUGAACGAAAUGUAUUAUCAUACAAAGCGCAUUGUGGGGAAAAAAGAAAAUGUUGUUGUAUGUUGGUUAUUUAUUGACAAAACACAAUUUUAUAAAAUGAUAAAAUAUUCAGAAUUUAAGAAGUAAUCACUCUACUUCCAGAAUAAGUUCUUCUGUAUUGUAAUAAUACUCAUCUGAUUUUAUAUGACUGUUUUAUAUUGAAACCACAUUAUAUAGUAAUAUGUAUAAAGGGUUAACGUUUUUAAUUGACUGUUAAAUGUGUUAAUAAAAUCACUAUUUAUUGUCUAAUCUAGACAAUACAAUUUUCUAACAAGUAUUAACAGAAUGCAGAAAUAAAUGUUUGUAAUUUUGUUCCCAUUCAAAACGAAAAACUUACAAAAGACCAUAUAUUAACAUAUGCUGCCUUAUUAUUAGGACAAAGCUAGAAGUACGCCACAUCCCGUGCAGUAACACGCUUCGCCUAAGUUUCAUACAAGAUUUCAGCUCUAAAGGUAAUUUCGUUCUUGAGAUAACUUCAGCGAUGCUCAUCCAAAUUCAAUGUUUGGACAUGCACCAUCAUAGAACUCUUUCUUAUCAAUUAAAAGAGGAGGAAGCUUGAAGCUUUAAGUCCGCAGAUGAAAUCCUUGUCGAGAUAUCCUACCACGUGAUACAUUAAGAGGUUUAUUAAAUUGGGUUUCAUACAAAUAUUUUAAUAAUAAAGUCCAGACACCAAAUCGCCAUAAAAUAAUAUCGGGUUUAAACAGUUAGGCACAUGUAUAAUAUAUGACAUCUGCUAUGGGUGUAUUGAGUGUUUUACGAAUUUAUUUAUUACGUUAUUUUAUCUUUGCCCUAACGGUUACCCAUAAGACCAAUGUAAAUAUAUUCAUUCACACUUAGCUAAAUCAAAUGGCAUGCAGUAUAGUCGAAAUCAUUGUUCCUUAUACAGAAGAGAAGAUUCAUGAACAAUAUAAAGUCUGUAAGUCAGUUCAUUUUCGAGAUAUCGUUAGGACAUACAGACAGAUAAAAUGAAAAUUUUCCAGCCAUUCAAGUGAUAGGCUUCGCUAAAACUCAGCAAUUAUUAUCAAACAAGAGUCUCAUACUAUUAAUAAUAAUAUAAAUCUUAUAACUUAAUUCAGAUCGUAUUUUAGGGUUAAAUAAUGUUGAUGAUUGAACUGAUUUCUGAUACCCUUGUUGGUUGGUUCUAUGAAGUAAGGUUUAAAAAUUUAAGUUUACAUUACUUCAUUAUAGAUAUUUAAAUGAUUGAUUAAACAUGGUAGACGAGUAAAAAAGUCAAUUAAUCAAGUACAGAGAAAUCAUUAUUUAAUGUUAAAAGUGGGAAAAAAGUCCUAUUGUUGGUCCAAGAAUUUCUAGGAAGCUUAAUAUAUCCAGAAGAUCAAAAGAAGUCACCUUUUCAAAAGAAACGAAAUUUACUCUUAUAGCUUUUCAUUAAUUGAAGAGGAAAAUCUAUUUAUUGAAAAAUAAAAAGAUAAACAAAUUUUAUACCUGGAUAAAAAUGUAUUCAAUAAUUUUUAUUUUCAUUAAAAUAAGUUAAAACAUUUAUAAAUCUUUCCAAAUAAGAUUCUAUGGUGUUUUCAUUCAAAUUCUUCAUACUUUUACAGAUGAACAUUAUUCCACACUUAGGUUUUAUUGUUAUUCUCUAUGUAAAACAUGUUCAUAGUUUACAAAAACAUGUACAGUCAUAUAGUGUAUGAUUCAGGUGUUAAUACAUUACAUUACAUAUGCGAGCAGCGGUGUGUCAAGUAAGUGGAGAUUGUGUUGCGAUGAUCACGCGUAUAUAUCCGCGAGCUGCGUGUGCUCUCUGACACUGUACAUAGUACUCGUACAUACUGUAGGUAGUAUAAGUGCAAUAAGUAGGACGUGUAGCAUGUGUUCCGUGUUGUAGUCGUGUUCGUGUCGUCCAUGUACAUAUGUGCACAGGGUUAUAAUAGUUAGUCUCUAAAUCCGCUAAGGAUCUCAAUUCUGGUGGUCCAAAUCUCCGACACUCCUUGUCCAAAUUGGGGUUUAGACCCAUAUAGUUUUUUAACUGGUUAAACUAUAAUUUCUUAGACCAUAUUAGACAAUCUAAUUGAUAUGAUAUUUUUAAUAAUAUAUUGUCUGAAACUGUUGCUAGCAAAAUUUUGGUCCAAUCCGAAACAGCUGACUUGUGAUAAAUGCAAUUUUGAGGAUUUCUUAACACCUAGAUUUUUCUGAGUACUGUUUUAAGCACCGAUACGCAAUUUAUUUUCUGGAUAAACUCGUGCUUGUAAAGUUUUUGUGAACAUUUCUAAUUUUAUUGACCAAAACACGAUAAAUUACUGUAUAUUAAAAUAAUAAACAUUGCGGUGAAAUAUAUAUAAUUUUUUGUUACAACAUUGCAUUCAAACAAUUUAGCUAAUAAUCCAGAAACUAGGAAAAAACUUGUUAUAUAGGGUUUGUAUUUAUUUCAAUUUGGACUAAGUAUCACUGUAAGAGUUUCAGAAACAUGUUCUUUAUUGUAUAUUAUCACAUAUUUAAUGUUUUAACGAUUGGUAUCUCUUCCAACUUUCAAUUAAAGAAAAGGCCUAACCAUUCAUAAUUUCUAUAUUUCUUGCCUUCAAUUAGGAGAAAAUAUUAUUGUUAUUUAUAAUUAUAUUUGGACUAUUUCAAGUUUUAAUUUGAACUAUUUUGUUUGUACAUAAAUAUUUUUAUGUGAAAUAUAAAUAUAUAUAGAUUUAUUGUUAUGCUAAGAGGAGAGCAGAAGCUUGAAAAAUAUGUGAUAUAUGUAUAUUUUGCACCCUGGUGCUCUAGUACUUUAUAUAAAUAAAGACCUAUGCAGUUGA